GCCUUGCCGGCGUCACGGCCCUCGUCGGCCCGCCCGCGCGCCAUGUUCGCGAGGCGCUGAGCGGCGGCCCGUGCCGCGCUGCAUCAGGGCGGCCAACGGGAGGAGGCGACGGAGAGGUUCCACGCUUCGUCCCAUGUCUCUACUGGUGCUGCUGUCGUCUCGUCCUGAUCGUCGUCGUCCUCGUCAUCCUCAGCAGCAUCGUCGGCAACAGCAGCCGCAGUUGAAGAGGGAAGAAGAUAAGAGGGAUACGGCAAAGGAGCUGCAGAGAGCCCGACGUUGAGCGGAUUCGAAGCGAUCGGGUGCUCGGGGAGGUCCCAGACCCUUGACCCCCCACUCCGCCCAGCUCGGCAGGAAUUCCUAGAACUUGGAGAAGGGGUCAUUGGGACUUGCUACCCCCAGAGAUUCAGGGACACCUGGUAAUCGAUAUAUACAGGAGCCCCCCCUAUACUCAGCGCAUCGAUCCCUGGGGGAUCUGAUUAGGGACCACCCCCUAAGACUGAGAGACCCCGGAACUCAGCGCAAGGUUCCUUAGUCUCGGCACAGGGACUCCAGGACUUUGCUUGGGGAAGAUCUCUACUCGGGGACGAAUUCCGACACGGUUAAGGGAUCUCCAGCCUCGGUACAGAGAUAUCCAGCCUCGGUACAGAGAUAUCCGUAGCACAGAACCCCAUAGAUUCCGCACUCGGGAACCGCGUGGAAUUAUCAGAGAUUCGGGACACCUGGAGUCGGUCCGCACAGGGAUCUUUAUAGAAAGAAUCCCAGGACUCAGUCCAAGGAUUUUAGGAACUUAGGGGUCCCAUAGGAGGGGGGUGGGGGCAGUAGGAUUUUGGAGAAGAUCUGGAACUCGCGAAGCUGUUUCAAGCAACUUGGUAAUGGCUGAGCCUUAACGACCGUCUCUGAGUUUGGGUUGGACGUUUGUGUAAAAGCGACACAAGUUGCUUUUAUUGUUCGUCUUAAGGAUAAUUAAAGAAUCCAAUCAGAACUUUGUGAGUUUUUGUUUCUUUUUGAAUUGAAAGAAGUUCGUCUUUUAAUUUGCUGAACAUAUCCGUCAAGUCCAACAACUUGGCGAAUUGGGUCAUCCGUCCAGCUGCCACUGAGAAGUCAUUCCUACACAGCUUUUGUUUUUUGUUUGUUUUUAUUUCUUUUUUGAAAUUGUCGUUCCUCGUCUUGUGAAAACAAAACUCAAGUGGAAGAAACGCCACCGCCGAGAUGUCGACGAGACCGCCUCUACCGACGGUUUCCGAGUCGAAACAACCGCCCGUCGUGGGAGAUGGCCCCGCUGAGGUCGGGAGCAAAGCUGGCCAAUCGCUGCGCUGCCGGAGCCCGCUCUCCAACUCGGCAGAAGAUGCCCAGCCGCCCUCGGGCCAGACCCAACGGGUGGGCAACUACCGGCUCCUCAAGACCAUCGGCAAGGGCAACUUCGCCAAAGUGAAGCUGGCAAAGCACACGCUCACCGGGCAGGAGGUUGCUGUAAAAAUUAUCGACAAAACGCAACUCAACACUUCCAGCUUGCAGAAGCUUUUCAGGGAAGUCAGAAUAAUGAAGGUGCUCAACCAUCCCAACAUCGUUAAACUGUUUGAAGUAAUUGAGAUGGAGAAGACUUUGUACUUGGUCAUGGAGUACUCCAGCGGAGGGGAGGUGUUUGACUACCUUGUAGCACACGGUCGGAUGAAAGAAAAGGAGGCACGGGCCAAGUUUCGGCAGAUCGUCUCAGCCGUGCAGUACUGUCAUCAGAAGCACAUCGUACAUCGAGACCUGAAGGCGGAGAACCUUCUUCUGGACGCCGACAUGAACAUCAAGAUUGCCGACUUCGGCUUCAGCAACGAGUUCACGCUGGGCAGCAAGCUGGACACGUUCUGCGGGAGCCCCCCGUACGCCGCGCCCGAGCUCUUCCAGGGCAAGAAGUACGACGGGCCUGAGGUGGACGUGUGGAGCCUCGGAGUGAUCCUCUACACGCUCGUCAGCGGGUCGCUGCCCUUCGAUGGCCAGAACCUCAAGGAGCUGCGCGAACGCGUGCUGCGCGGGAAGUACCGCAUCCCCUUCUACAUGUCCACCGACUGCGAGAACCUGCUCAAGCGCUUCCUGGUGCUGCAUCCUCUCAAACGGGGCAGCCUGGAGCAAAUCAUGAAGGACCGCUGGAUGAACGUGGGCCACGAGGAUGACGAGCUGAAGCCGUACCUGGAGCCCUCGCUCGACAUCGGUGACACGAAGCGGAUAGAUUUCAUGGUGGGAAUGGGCUUCGCGCGGGAAAAGAUCACCAAGUCGCUCUCAGAGAUGAAGUACGAUGACAUCACGGCCACGUAUCUGCUCCUGGGACGCAAGCAAGAAAUGGGCGACGGCAGCGAGUCGGGCAGCACGCAGUCGCUCUCCAUGAAGCCGCGCGCCAGCAGCGACGUGCACAACGGCAGCUCGGGCUCGGCGGUGGCGCACGGCAAGGUGCAGCGCAGCUCGUCAGCCGCGCAGAAGCAGCACCGCCAUGCAGGCGGCCCGUCCUCCGUCCCGGCGUAUGGAAAGCGCCCGUCCACCGCCGGCAACGACGGUGACGACAGUCGCAAAGCAGGCGGCGGCGGCUCGGGGAAGGCGGAGCGGACACCGCCCAGCCCGGCGACGGUGUUCGACCCGUCCAACGCGGGCCGUUUGGAGAACCCUCCGCGGAAAAAGGGCUCCACGCCGUCAUCGUCUAACAACGCGGCUUCAGGGUGGCGCUCGCAACGCAACCCGUAUGAACCUUUGGACCAGACCGCGUCCUCGAUACAGAACGGGAAGGAGAACAGCGCGCCCGAGUCUCCGCAGCAUCGCGGUGGCGGGGCCUCCUCUGUCGUGGCCGCCUCUUCCACCACCACCUCCUCCUCCUCCUCGCCUGCCGCCGGCGCCCCCUUACCGACGGUCGUGUCCGCGCGCACGCGCCACCAAAAGUCCUUGUCCUCGUCGGAGCACCCGGGCACACUCUCGGAGGUGUCCGACUCGCUUUACUCCACGGCGGAACAGAGCGGACGUGCUUCGCCGUCAUCGCACAGCGUGAGUGCUGGCGGAGCCGGCGACAACCGGAACUACUUUCCGCGCGGCAUGGCCACUCGCAGCACCUUCCACGGCGGGCAGGUGCGCGACCGGCGCACCACCACCGGCAAUGCCAACGCUGGCGGCGCCGCAGAGCCCGGCGAUGGCACCGGCGGCCUCUCCCGUGCCACGCGUGACGGCGCCCGGGGAAGCAGUGCCUCCGGCAACAUGUUCUCCCGUUUGACGGCGCGGCUCAGCCGCAGAAAUCUGUCUAUCCGAUUUACCAGAAGGGCUGUCAAUGAGGUGGAGAAGAACGGCAGGCUCGAGGGACCCAGCGGUGGCGGUAGCCGGACGCCGUUUGCUGAGCCGCGGGAGGAGAUCCCGCGCGAUCCCAAGCCCCGCGCGCUGCGCUUCACGUGGAGCAUGAAGACGACGAGCUCGAUGGACGCGCGCGAGAUGAUGCGCGAGAUCCGCAAGGUGCUGGACGCCAACCGGUGCGACUGCGAGGUGCGCGAGCCCUUCCUGCUCUACUGCAUGCACGGCGACGAUCACGGAAGUGGCGGCGGCGGCGGUGGCGUCGGCAGUGACCUCGUCUGCUGGGAGAUGGAGGUGUGCAAGCUCCCGCGCCUCUCGCUCAACGGCGUGCGCUUCAAGCGCAUCUCAGGCAGCUCCAUCGCUUUCAAGAACAUCGCUUCCAAGAUCUCCAAUGAGCUCAAGCUCUAGCCGACGGCCCCGGGAGAUGAUGCGAGUGCCACCCCCACCCCCCCCCACCCUACCGCCCCCCCACCUCUCGUUGUCUUCCCCGUCUCCCCACCACAACCUUCUUAUCUUCCCCCCCCCCCCCAAAUGCUCAGCCCUCCGCCGUCAACAGCCCUCGCCGUCCCUUCUCUCGUGAAAUUUUCUCUCCGUGGUUGGUAAUGUCACUCGAGCCUUGGACUCGGAUGUUGGCGUUUGGUGCACUCCAGAUAUGAUUUUGUUUUAGUCCUUCAGGGUACUGUGUAACCGCGUCGUCAGCCCGCCGGACGCCACCGCCGCCUCUGCUACCUGGAUUCCGGGGCUUAUUUCACGUCCGUGGAAGUGAGCUUAAUUUCGUGGUGAUGCUUGAAGUGCUGGAGAGCGGGUAUGUGUACAGGAGCUGUGCGUGUGUGCGCCCCACAUCUCGUGGUGGUGAUGAUAGUGAUGGUGGUGAUGAUGAUAUACAUUUCUGCUUUGUCAUUUGCUCACCCUCCCGAAGUGACGUCGUCUUCACGUGUACGGCGAACCCGACGGCGGCAGCCCUGUCCCCCCCGUUGCUUGCGCGCGGGCAGCUUUGCAUGAAACGGUGACUCUUGUGGCUGUUGGUCAAAAAAAUGCGUUCCCCCACUCCCGUCUCACCGCACCGGUUGCUCCCCCCCCCCCCCCCCCCCAACAGACCCACCGAGCUAAGCGUUUGACCAUCUCCCUAUUUGCCGUUGUACAGCGUCGCCCUUCUGCCAAAAUGCGUUGCUCUCGGCCGGGCUUGGUUUCUCUUCACGUACGGUGUGGCGGGCGUCCCAGCGGGCGGGCGUCGUGGCCGCACUGUGGGCAGCUCUCAAACGGGGGGGGGGGAGGGGUUUGUUAUUUUACGUUUUGGGUUUUUAGUAUUCGUUUGUUUCAUGCAACGAAAGGGCACAUCGAUGUUGGGCUUGAGCUGCUGACGCGUGACCACAGAUCAUCACGGUGGAGGUGGAGCGAAAACACGGGACGGAGUGCAGAGGCUCGGUUUUGCUAAAUACAUAGAUUAGGAGCAGAGAAAAAAUUGAAUAUUUUGGGUACAUUUUGUAAUGGAAAUAGGCCUGAAUUGUUUACUGCUCUGAGCCUUGCUCUCUCUCUCUCACUUGUAAUUGUAUAGCUUGCUACAAAUCCAAGUGAAUGUUGAUUUUAUACGCUGUAAGAAUGAACUUUGGAGGUAAAAAAAAUUAUAAAAAAUAAAUAUUUUGUAAGGGGGAUAAUUAAUUUAUGGCUGUGUAGCAUACAGAAUAUAAUUUUUCGUUGUCUGGUUAUUUUUUUCUUUGUUCACGUUGGGGCUGCCUUAGUCUGUUGGGGUUUCUUUAUAUAUUUCAACACUAUCUGGUGUGUAGCACCACGCACAGUUGAUUCGAGUAAUGUAUAUUAUUUAGGCCAGUUUAUGUUUGGAAGCUUUCUUUUUAAUGAACACUGGCGAAUAAUUGUGCUUGAUUAAUGCUAUGAUCGUACGUAUUUAGGUGUCAUUUGGUUGGCAUAUCUAUUUUCUCGGUAGCAAACGUGCUCCACAGACUGCACAGUUUGGUUUUGUUUUAUUUCCUUAAUGUUCAUCGCAAACCGACGUUGAUAUACUGUAAAUAAAGAUGUGUGAUGUAAUGAAUUGGGUGAACGUGAUAUUAACGGUACUGUUCUCUUCAUCGCUCGUGUUUGAUUCCAACCGACAAUUAAAAUAAAAUAAAAAGUAUUUCAGAUA